AUGGUCUCCUCGGGUUUCUUAACAAAGAUCGCUACCGCUGCGGCAUUCUUAUCCAGCUCCAUUGUAAGCGCCUACAAUCCCACUUGCAAUGGCCAAUACGUUUUAUACUGGGGACAAGAUUCAUCAAAUAAUCAACAGAGUUUGGCUUCUUACUGCUCUGGAAGCACCGUGGACAUUCUCGUUUUGUCGUUCCUCUACGUUUUCUAUGGCCCUGGCGGCGAACCUGAAAUCGACUUUGCUAACGAGGAUGGCGGUUGCACUUACUUUUCUGGAACUAAUCUCUAUCAUUGCCCCACCAUUGGAAAUGAUAUCAAGACCUGUCAAGCUAAUGGAAAGAAAGUGCUACUGUCUCUUGGUGGUGCUGUUGGAACUUACGGCUUUACCAAUAACACUCAAGCACAAAGCUAUGCCGACCAGAUCUGGGGCUUAUUCGGAAAUGGAGGCGCAACCUUGCGCCCUUUUGGCGAUGCCGUUGUUGACGGUUUUGAUCUGGACAUCGAAGGUGGUACUAACACCGGUUAUGCUGCAUUUAUUACUCAAAUGAGAACUCAUUAUGCUUCCGAUACUUCUAAGCAGUAUUUCAUCAGUGGAGCACCGCAAUGUCCUUAUCCCGAUCAGUGGCUCGGCGACUCUUUGACCAAUGCCUGGUAUGACUUUGUUUGGGUCCAAUUCUAUAACAACUACUGCUCCGUUUCAGGAGGAAGCUUCAACUUUAACACUUGGGAUACCUGGGCCAAGAGCUCCAAGAACCCCAAUGUCAGAGUAUUCCUUGGCCUCCCAGGAAGCAAGGGCGCCGCCGGUAGCGGAUAUGUGACCGCUAGCACUCUCCAGUCGACCAUUCCUUCUCUUCGUAGUCAAUACAGCUCCUUUGGUGGUGUAAUGAUGUGGGACGCAUCUGAGGCUUUUGACAAUACUGAAGUCAGCCCUAACUUUGCCACUGUAGUGGCUGGAUAUGUCCAUAGCGGAAGUAACUGCGGUACAUCCACUGGCACCACCACCACAGCCAAGACCACUACUACAACCAAGGCUACUACCACCACCAAGGCUACUACUACUACAACCAAGACCACCACUACUGCCUCUCCAACAUCUACUGGAUCGUGCCCCGUCGCCGGUGCAGCUUGUACCACUAGUUAUGGCUGUGCUGGAACGCAAUUUGCUCAAUGCGAUAAUGGAAAAUGGGUUCUCCAAAGCUGUUCAUCCGGUCUCAUUUGCCAGCUUAGUAGCAAUGGUGCUUCAGUCUAUUGCGACUAUGCAAGUGGUCACACCCAGAUUUGCCCCUCAGGAAGUGCUCAAGCCUUGCAAGCAGUUCUCGGCGGUCCAGUGCCAAAGACCAAGAGUCAAAAUGCUCAAGUGGCGUUUGUAGUUGAUGAUGCUGCAGUGGGUGGCACAGAAUUCACUGGAUUGUUCAACGUUCGCGCAGCUGCAACCAAGCCUAUUGGAGCUUCCUGGACUCUCACCUUCAAUGUCGCUGCCGGUCAGACCGUCGGUUCAAGCAGCCUUGGAAAAGUUACCCAGUCAGGAACAACCGUAACUAUCAAGAGCAAUCGCAAGAAGGUAGCUCCUCAGAGCGAAGCUGUUUUGAUUGAUAUCAAGGGCAGCAAAGCCGGUGGUGAUGUCUUCGUUGGUGUUGAUCCCUCUACCAUCAACUUUGUCUAUUAAGACACAAAAGACUUCGCUAUGCUUUAACGACGCAUAUCACCAAUUUUCAUAACUUACGUUAAGAUAAAUACCUCAAUGUAUGCUUUAUUAUCAUUGAUUUUUAAAAUUUGAUUUUGUGGGGUAUCAUCUUUUUGGAGAUAAGUGAGUAGACAAAGCAGAUAGCCUUGUUUACAGGAAUUAAAAUGCCAGAUUAUAUACUCGCUC